GAUGACAAAAAUUUUCUCGUGAACACGAUUCAAAGAUAACAAGCGUACCACGGGACCUGUCAGUUGGUUACUUUUGUUGUGGCUAUUGAUAAAUGCUAACAAACGAAAUGCAACUCCCGAUGCAGUAGAAUUGGAGAGAGAAGAAGUAGGCCCAAUUAUGGCGCAAACAGAGGAAGCUUUUAGCGAAAAAUUAAUGGAUGCCCUCAACAAUGCCGCUCUUGGCAUGGGUAUAGCAAUGGGUGAUUACAUGGGUUUGUUUAAGGCAAUGGCAGAGCUGGAAAAAAGCGUAACUUCUUCUGAGCUUGCAGAAAGAGCUGGAUUGAACGAGAGGUAUGUGAGGGAGUGGCUUGGAAUCAUGGUAACGGGUGGAGUUGUCAUUGCAAACAAGGAUGACAAUUCAUUUGUUCUACCAAAACAUUAUGCCAAGUUCCUAACUCCAGGAUUUGAUAGCAUUGCACAUCAAUUCAAGUGGUUGUUCAUGCUGUCUUUAAAUCAAAAGGAGCUAAGACAUUGUUUCAAGGAGGGAGGUGGCAUUCCAUACUCAAGUUACCCUGAGUUUCAUGAUUGGAUGAACGAGUAUUCUGUUAAACGUCACAAUGCUUUGCUUUUGCAGCAGCAUAUUCCUUCGAUCAAAGGACUGACAGAGAAACUGCAAUCUGGAGCAAAAUGUUUGGAUAUUGGUUGUGGUAUGGGAUCUCCAAGCUUGAUGCUUGCAGCCAAGUUUCCAAACAGUGAGUUUUUCGGUUAUGACAUUUCAGAAGAAACAGUAAAAUCAGCCAAUCUGGAAGCUGCAAAACGUGGUCUUGGGAAUGCAAAGUUUUUUGUUAAGAACUGUGCAAACAUUUGUGAUGCUGAGGAUGGAGUUUUUGAUUUAGUGACAUCAUUCGAUGCUAUCCAUGACCAGGCCAGCCCAGGAAAAGUUCUUAGCUUUGUGUAUCGACUGUUGAAGCCAGGAGGCUGGUUUUCAGUGGUUGAUGUUAAAGCCCACAGUCAUUCUGCUGAUAAUGUCGGAAUGCCCAUGUCUUCAAUGAAGUAUGCAGAGAGUCUUUUUCAUUGCAUGCCUGUUAGUUUAUACUUCAAAGGUGGUGCUGGACUAGGCACAUGUUGGGGAAUCGAGUUGGCACAACAAAUGCUGAAGGAUGCAGGAUUCCCUCAUGUGGAGGUUAAAGAUAUCCCUGGAGAUGACUAUAAUACUCAUAUUUUAUGUAUUAAGUAAGCGUGGUGGUAAAUAUACCAACAAAAAAUCCAUAAGCAUUGUACUUUCUUUGACCACUUUGUAAUUGCACAGAAUAAACUUAAACAUCUUUGCACUUUGAAACAAAUAGUGGUCAGGUAAUUACGUUCAGGCCAAGAAAUAUAUAUUCUUUGCACCAACGCUGACUUAUCUGGCAGUGAGUCAAUUCAAAGGAUCACAAUUCAUUUUGUAUGUCACAAAUCCUAACUGUGCAAAUCUGUCAGAUUCGACUAAAUCUAAUUGUGUACGUCAAAAAUUCACAAGACCAAAGGCCUUUUUUAUAUUCAAGCCCAAUCUUUAAAGAAUCUGACGUGUUUUUUUAUUUGGACCAAAUCAUUUGAUGAACGAAUGAAAUUUUUUUGCCAACCCUUUCUAGUGUCAUUAAAUGUCACUUUUUCACAGCUCCAGCUCGUCCAUAAUUUUAAGAACAAUUAAUUUUGAUAUGAUAGGGUAAAUACAGAAUACCCUACUGGUGAUUGACUGAAGCUCUUCUAAAUAUUCAAAAUUCAUCGUUAAAUAGUUAUUAUAGCCCGCUUCUUCACUUUGGCUCAGAUUUUUUGAAGAGCAUCACUAUGCCAAAGGAGUGUUCAAAUAACAACAGUUCUCUCUUUGUUUCGACGUUUUCUCACGAGCUGGGCAUUGGAAAGAGGCUUUUGGAACAGUCGAGUAAAAAAUAGAGCGAAAGUUGAACCGUUUGGCCAUCAAUGCUCGACUUCGCUCGAAUUUGAGAUCAAGUAUCGAGAGAAAAAUUUAGAGAUAAUUCGAAUUGUUUGGCAUUGUUUGGAAUUGUUUGGUUUUUUUUGACAAAAUAGCAAAUACCAGGUAUUGCCGAAUGGUAACUUUGCCGACUUUUGGACUCUAGGGGUGGGGGGCAACUGCCCCCCUCGCCCCCUAACAGUGGCGGCCUGGCAGGGGGCCGGG